AUGUCCGCCAUCACCUUGGAAUCAAUCCUCAUUCCUUCCGCAGUCUCCAUGAUUGGAGCUUACCAACUAACCACCUUUGCUGGCCGUGUUGGUGGAGCACGCCGUCGACUCAAGGUCGACUAUCCUAAGAUGACAGGUAAUGGAGAAUUUGAACGAUAUGCUCGUGCGCAACAAAACAGUUUGGAAUUUUUUAGCAUCUUUUUGGUGGUGUUGUGGACUUGCUCGCUCUUUUUCCAUCCUAUCAUGGGCGGCUUGCUUGGCAUCUACUAUAUCAAUGGUCGUCGUUCUUAUUUCAAUGGCUAUAUUAAAGCUGUUGAAGACCGUAUUCCAGGUUUUAUGAGCACAGUCAAAGCUUUACAAUUAAUGUUAUUAUUCUCCAUUAUUGGCAUGGUUGCUUUGGCUGUCAAGAGGCAUCAAGGAUUUGAUCUAUUUCAAUAUGGUCGUCAUUUUGCUGAACCUCAUCUCAAGAAAUAUAACUUAGAGUUUCUUUUACAGUAUUAA